CGUGGUGCGCAGAGACUUCGCGUUCAUUCGCGCGACGUAUCUCACUUCGUUCCGCAAUCACGAGACGGACGGGGCACAUGGUACAUACCGCCGACUGUCCGUCGUGAGUCAUUGUUGUGUUGACAAUUGACGAAGCAGGCAAGCGAACAGUCAGUCAAGAGCUACCGGCGCUGGCGGGUUACCGCCGAGUUUUAAUAUUCAACGUCGCGCAACGACGGGGACUUCUGCGCCGAUCGCAGGGGUCUCGCAGCGGGUAUUAUAUUAUAUCAUAAAGUGUCGUUGGCGCGGCUUGUGCGCGAUUACACGGAGUGUCGCGAAAACGUGUCUGUGCAAUAAAAAAAAAGACAAAAUCAAGAAAGACAGUCGGUGCGGGUGAAUUUUUUUGUGUGCAGAGUGCGCGCGGUUAUAUAAUCGCAGCGCGAAGCAAAGCAAAUUUGUAUAUACGUUGACGUGGACGGAAAGAAAGAUAGAGAAAGAGAGGAAGAGAGAGAGAGAGAAGGAGAAGAAAACGAGAACGCGCGUCGCAAUAAGUCAACGUGUGGCUAGAUUUAUAAUUGUGUAAAAAAAGACUUGUUUAUAAGCGCGGAAACUCCGAAGAAAAGUAUUUCGCUUCAGGAGGGGAGACUACUGCUUUCCUAUCCGGAGGCGAGAUAGAACGUAGAGUUUUUGUACUCAACGAGAUAGAACUCUCGGCAUUCUAUCGAGAGGGUUAAUCAGUUUGGCGGCAUCGAUGGUGCGCGGUCUGACGAUGGAACAGACGUUCUACGAAGACCCGAGCGUCUACGGCACGAUAAACAGUCGCGAGAACAGCAUGGGCCAACUCAAGCGGAAUCUCACGCUCGACCUGAACGGUUGCCAGCGACAGGGCCCGCAGGCGAAGAGGCCGCGGUUGGGCCCGUUGCCGCAGACCACGCUCAACAAUGUCACGCCAAUUCUGCCGUCGCCCGAUCUUGGUAUGCUUAAGCUCAACACACCGGAACUGGAAAAGUUGUUCUUGGCGUCGCAGCAUGACGGUCUGGUCAGCAAUCUUACGACACCAACCCAGAUUCUGUUCCCCAAAACGGUCCCUACCGAGGCGCAAGAGCUCUUCACCCGCGGAUUCGUCGAAGCGCUCAACGAACUCCAUCACUCCGACAGCUCGCAGGAACCGGGCAGCAUUCACGGCGCGACCUAUACCACACUAGAACCGCCCGGUAGUGUGCAAAGUACAGAAUCCACUCUGAGUAACCCCGCGCUAAUUCAGGUUAAAGACGAGCCGCACACGGUGUCGAGCACACCGCCUAUGUCGCCAAUCGACAUGGAGAACCAGGAGAAGAUCAAACUCGAGAGGAAACGGCAGAGAAACCGCGUGGCCGCGUCCAAGUGCCGACGGCGCAAGCUCGAGCGUAUCUCCAGGCUGGAGGACAAGGUCAAGCUGCUCAAGGGCGAGAACAACGAGCUCAGCAGCGUAGUGCAUAAACUCAAGGAGCACGUGUGUCGGCUCAAGGAACAGGUUAUGGAUCACGUGCAGUCCGGUUGUCACAUCAUGCCCGUCACCGGUCAGUUCUAAACGGUCCCUCUGUAACCGCUUCCCCUUUUUCUUUCUCGCCCGCAAAGAUUAAACCCUCGAGCGAAGAGUUUCGUCAUCUUCUUGCCUUCUCUCGCGUAGCUCCCGCGAAAGAACGAACACCUCGGACUUAGUCCGAUAGUCGAUAGUCGUUCUCAUUGAUUUGGAUCAUUCCGAGAGGAAGAAGCUUUGCUACGUGGACUUUUAUUCUUUCGCAUUUGAAAAUGUUCUUGAUGUACCUCGGGUUGGAGUAAAUCUUUAGACUGAUACGAAAUAAGAAGCCGGACACUUCUAAAGAGAAACAAAAAAUUGAAGUUGGAAACACGAGAGGUAGUAUUUUCAAGAAAGUGUCUCCGUCGCCAUUCUGGAAAAGAAGUUUACGAGAAGAAAGAAGAGUGGGAAAAAAGAAAUCCACACAGCCGAUCAUCCACAUCAUGUUGACAUGAUUGUCUCUCUCUCGGUUCUUUUGUGUUACAACUGGGAGGAGGCGACCGCGCACCACGACGGUAGGAGUAAAGCAGGCGGAGCAGGAAGAGAAGAGAAGGUGGUAGUCGAGGUUGUGAGAAGGAGGAAGGAGUGCCUUCGCAUAAAAUGUAAAGAAUGGUCGGGAGAGUUGCGAGCGUGAGCAACUCUCUGGCGUAUAUAUGCGAGAGACUUUACACGCAUGAGCACACGCUUUUGACGACGAGCGAAUGCACGCGCGUGUGCCGCGAACGAAUGUGUGAAAGAAUGAAUGUGAGAAAAAGAAAAAUGUGAUGUGUAUGCGUAUGUGUCGCGUGAAAGAGAAAAAAAGAUAGAGAUAAAGAGAGAGAGAGAGAGAGAUAGAGAAAGAGAAAGAGGGAGAUAGCACGAGGUAGCACGAGAGGGGAGAAUAUCGCGACAGCCAUUUUGGAGAACGCGAAGCCGGCGGGAGAUUCGAAUCUUGCCGGUGACUGAAGCUUUUCUUGCAUCUCCUGUUCUAUUUUCUGCCGUUAUAUUCGGGAAGUGAUCUUCGUUGAGCGAUCUUUUUCUUCACGACACUCGUUUCUUGUAUUUCGGAAGAAUUUUUCGACUAAUUGUAAUUUCUUGUAUUGACGAAUUUUGGAAAGUUGCAUUAUAAAAAAAACAAAUCUUUUCUUACUUACCUUGGCUUUGGAACGGCAACGCUGAUUUUCUUCUCUAAUUUUGAUUGUACAUUGUGAUACGAGAUGUUCGCACUGCGAGUGACGAAAGCGUGUUUUUUCU